AUGGAUAUUGCCAUCCAGCACCCCUGGUUCAGACGUGCCCUGGGCUCGGUCUACCCAGCCCGACUCUUUGACCAGUUUUUCGGAGAGGGCAUGUUUGACUACGACAUCUUUCCCUACACCACCUCCACCAUCAGCCCCUACUACAGACAGACACUGUUCCGCAACUUUUUGGAUUCUUCUACCUCCUCCGGCAUGUCUGAGGUGAGAUCUGACAGGGAUAAGUUCUUAGUCUACCUGGACGUCAAGCACUUCUCUCCUGAUGAGCUCAAUGUGAAGGUCACUGACGACUACGUGGAGAUCCAGGGCAAGCAUGGAGAAAGACAGGACGACCACGGUUACAUCUCUCGCGAGUUUCACCGCCGCUACCGCCUCCCCUCCAGCGUCGACCAAUCGGGGAUCUGCUGCUCCCUGACAACUGACGGUCUGCUGACUCUGACUGGGCCAAGGGUCGGCGGGGGGAGUGAAUCCGGCCGCAGCGAGCGCAACAUCCCCGUCACCCGUGACGAAAAGCCCAACGCCGCUCCCUCCUCUUAA